AUAUAUUAAAACAGUAAAAGAUUUUAAAGUAAUGAGUGUUUCAAACAGAAUAAAUAGAAAACAAAAAAAAAAAUAUAUAAGAAGAUAAAACACAUUGUUUCUAUUCUUACAAAUUUUCAAUAAAAUGCAUUAAUUAUUUGUUAUACAAUGAUUUCGUAAAAUAUUUGUUCCGCUUCAUUGAUCGAUGGGUUAACUUCCUAAUGCGUAGAGCCGAACAAAAAACUCGAAGGUCAUACCGAUUUAUCGGACCUACGGAUCUUUUAAUCCGUGCAUACAGGAUGCGUUUACUUCUGUCACUCUUAAACAAGGACAUUUGCCUCUAUAUAAUUGAUUAAACCGACUGGAACAAACAAACAGUCUACUGACGCUUGCUUUUUAACAUGUCUUCUUUCAUUUCUUAUAUCGUGCUCUUUUUCUUUAUUCAACGCAGCCUUUGUGCAUCUGACUUGAUUGCUCCACAGAAUAACGAACAAUCAAGAUCUUCUUUGUCAGACUCUGUGCAAAAAAAGACCGAUGAAGAGCAUGCAAUUUUCGACGAGGAGAAGACAAGUAAGGAAAGUAGUUCCAUUUAUAAUAGGGGGCAACUAGGAUUUAAUGAACGUAAGCGAGAUGAAAAGAGAUACGGCAACCAAGAUACAGCACUCAAAGGGCAUGACAAAGGAAGGCAUAGUUUAGGAGAAUCCGAAGUCGUCGAUCACGAGAAGAAUUCUUUUGAACGGCAUGGUAGUGGAUAUUACAAAAAAGGGCAUCACAGGACCGGUUUCAGCAACAACUACCAUAAAGACGAGUCAGGAAAUAAUUCAAGCUUUUACGAGGACAGCGAUGACGAAGGGGGGCAUAGGUCGUCCGGGAAUACCGGUGGAUAUUAUGGGCAAAAAUCGCAGAACUCGUUUAGGGACGGUUCGCGCGAUGUAUCUUACCUUGAAAAAGAUAAGGCACAACAGGGAAUAUAUGACAAUAGGAAAAAUAUUAACAAUUAUCAUGGUCAUAUCAGAGGAUAUAACAACGAUCGAUAUAUAAAUGAUAGAAGAAAUUAUCUGAGGAACGAAGCACGACAUUAUUUUGAUAAAAAUAAGGGAGAUAUAUACAAUCAUAAAGAGAGGUAUUAUCCAAUUACUUAUCGUAAUAACGAUCGUGUGCCCUCGCUCGGAUAUUCGCAUCAUUACGUGGAUACAUUACCUGGAGGAUAUUACAGAGAAGAUCCGUACGUUAUACCUUAUUCAAAAGAUUAUAGGUAAUUUCAUAUAAUUUCUAAGAUAUUCAUUGAUAUGAAUCAGGCUAUUAAUUAUUAAUAAUUUGUUUAUUCUUAGAUAUUUUCCACAUCGACAAAGAGAUUACGAACAAGAAAUAUAUUACCCUUAUACAAGUGUUUACACUAAAAAUAAUCGAGACGAUUUUGAUGAUAACGGAUACUUAAAGAAAUAUAGGAAUGAUUUUAAUAAUGCAUAU